UUGUAUUAAUAAAAUUGUUCAAUCUUUUAAAAAGUGCUCGGGAAUGUCCCGCCGAGGUUAUUCUUCACCUCCGGCGGCUGGACGCUCUCCUCAAGGACCACACCGCCCACACGCUGGAGAUGGAGGCGGGGCUGUUCUUCGAGGCGGCGCAUCUGGAGCAGCUGGUGAGACAAGGGCUCUGGGCCUCUGCCCACCGCUACCUGCGGUGCUUCUCGGCGCUCUGGGGGGACGGGGACGGGGACGGCGCCGCCACCCAGUACGCCACCCUCCUCAGCAGCCUCUCCCACCACUCCAUACUUGCCUGGCUGGCCUGCCGCGGCGACGAAGGCGGUCGCGCCGCAUCUUUCCUCAGGCCCUCUGAUGAGGCCAUCCGCAAGGCCUGCCCCGAGGAAGCCCGACGCAAGGUCAUGUACUGCUCCAUGACUUCCCAACAAGCCAGACCAUCCGUGAACUGGGAGGAUAUAAAGCUCGAGACCUUGACGAGGCUGCAGGAGUUGGUUGAUCUGCGUCCCAACCUGGACUGCCUGCUGAAAAAUCGAUUGCCACGACACAAGCCCACGCCGCAGGAUGUCAUUCCUCUUGGCUUACGGGGGUCUCGGAGAUACCGGAGGAAGAGAGUCAACCAUAAGCCAGCACAUGAUCUCGCGUAUUUUGUUCUACACAAGAGGCUGCCCUCUACUCAUAAGAUAAAACAGUUAGGUGAAUGAGGUUUUUGUUCGUCUUUGAUACGUGCAACCCAAUCGAUGUCGUUAGUUUGGUGCCAGACUGCCACCAAUUCUUCGUGGCUGAAACUAGUUUGAAACCAGAUCUUCCUUUUGUUAUUAUAUAAUGUUUUAGUUACUGCUUCAAAUGUACAACUACCCAAAGUUUUAUCUUUGUGCUUCAAAUGUAAUGCUGAUCACAGUUUUAUCUUAUAAAUUAUAAUGCCGGUUUGCUUGUUUGGCGCCACUUA